UGCACUGCUAAGCUAUGCACUGCUAAGCUAUGCACUGCUAAGCUAUGCACUGCUAAGCUAUGUACUGCUAAGCUAUGUACUGCUAAGCCAUGUACUGCUAAGCUUUGCACUGCUAAGCUAUGCACUGCUAAGCUAUGUACUGCUAAGCUAUGUUCUGCUAAGCUAUGUACUGCUAAGCUAUGUACUGCUAAGCUAUGUACUGCUAAGCUAUUUGGGAUUGUAAUACUGUCAUGAAGGUAAUUAUUUAGGUCGGUGCUACUGUAAACCUUUAUCAAUGCAGAAAUGACAGGUUUUUAGGGGUCAGCAUCUAAGCCAUAAGUAAAUAAUAUAUAUAAAGCAGCUUUACGGUUUUACUCACCUUGAAAAUUUCUAUUGAAAAGUUUCAUAUGGUAAGAUUUGAGAAUCACUGCUUUUGGCCACUGGGUUGAUCAAUGAUAACAUAAGAAUACAAACUUUCAGUUUUUGAAUUAUUAUCAUUAAAUUUUAAUUACUCCCACUUUAUUUGUGCACCAGAUUUUCUAAACUUGAGAAUGAUGAUUGAUUAUGAUUGAUUGAAUGAUUGAGCUAUAAGAAGCUAACCAAACUGAAUAAAUCGGGCAUAAUCACUAACUGGGUGGCUAAAGCAGGGCUUGUUAGGUUCUGUUGGAGACUUCAGUAAAAAAACUGAGAAUCCCUGUUUUUUUGUUGGUUUUCUUGAAUCAUUCAAGAGUCCCCAGAGUAAAAGAUUCAGCGGAUAGAGGAGAAUGUUGAGUGAACAGUAGAAUAUGGCAUUUGUGUCUGUGGUUAAAAUGAUCUGUACAUUAUGUAACAUACACCUGAUUAGAUUCAUUCUUUAGAUAUUUAAAAAUUAUCUAUCAAAUAAAUGAACAUGUAG